AUGGUUGUUGAAGUUUCGAUGACGUAUGUCGAUGCAAAGGCACGGAUGGUUCGUGCCAUUGCAAAAGUCAGCGCCUUUGUCAAGGCUGCCGGCGAGUUUUCAUCUGAUAAAAAUAGUCCUGGUAAACGAGCAAAAAUUUCAGCCAUGCUAUUGGAGCUGAAAGAAAUUCGCUUGACUGCAGAAUCCGACAUCCAAGUUAUGGAGAUUUCUGUUGGCAAAAAAUUAGCACCAAUUGAAGUGGUAGAUAACUCUAUUAGUCUCAAGCUCUCUGCUGAGUUUGAUAAUUUGUACUACGAGUUGGUUGCGUUUGCAGAUGUUUAUAACCUUCCAUUGACUCAAAUUGUCGACUCAUCCUCUUGUCACAACGACCCUGGUGACUUACAAGCGUUGACGCCCAGUCAUUUUUUGACUCUUGAACCUUCCACCUCGCUUCCAGAACCAAGUCUUGUCAAUCAACCUAUGUCAAAGUACCAGCGAUGGCGCCUCAUUACUGAUUUACAUCGUCAUUUCUGGACCAGAUGGAAGAACGAAUACCUCAGUAGUCUUCAACUUCGUAGAAAAUGGACAGAACCAGGUCAAAACUUGAGCGUUGGCGAGCUUGUCCUCGUGAAAGAAGCGACGCAUCCUCUUCAGUGGCGGAUUGGACGAAUACGUGAACUCCAUCCUGGCUCCGAUGGGACUUCCAGAGUGGCCACUUUAGAAACUACUUCUGGACCAUUGACACGCCCAGCUGUCAAGCUCUGUCCACUCCCAAUGUCUUGA